AAAGGGUUCAACUUCACUCCUGAAAUUCGUAGCGAUCACAGAAACAUUAAUUGAGCAUUAAAAGUUAUAAUUGAGCAUUAAAAAUUAUUCUACAUGCAGUAUGCUAAUUAAGAAUAGCUCCAUAAAUUCUUUCCUCGACCCUUUCUAGUCAGUACUGUAUGGUUCGCAGUUAACAACCUUCAUAAAACGUUCUGUACAUAUUACUCAUGUGGGUGCGACACCUACAAGACUAGCAGGACAAAAAAGCUGACAUUACUUAAAAGAAGCCAUUCAACGAAGUACAAUGACGGAAGCCCUUCAAGAGUCAUUGAAUCAGCUGUUUACCUGAAACCUCACAAGUGACAUCCAAAACUGCAACUUCCCCUGUGGAAAAUCAACACUCAUUCCUGAGUGGCAACUCCUCCCUCUCCUCAUCACAGUGCACCUCUGUUGAAGCUGAUUUGAAGAAAAAAAAUGGCAGAUAAAGAACAUAGAUGUUCAUCAAUCCCAGUGUUGCAUGUCAGAGGAAACUACUAUGAUGUUGGAUAUUCAGUGGGGACCACUUUCAAGAGUCAGAUUAAUGACUUGGUGGACAACUCUCCUGAGGUGGCAACACUAGACAAACUGUCCAACACAGACAAAGGAAAAGCCAUUUUCAAUGCAUCUCUCAGAAGGUUGCAAAGAUUCUACCCACAGUAUCUCAGAGAACUCCAAGGAACUUCAGAUGGCGCUGGUGUGCCCUUCAAAAAGCUCUUCCUGCUACACUUGGAUGGCAUGAUUGGACGCAUGGAUGACAUCAGAAAGGAAAAGGAAGCAAAGCAUCCACCCUUUGGAUGCUCCACUUUCUCCUUCAACUUCACUAAUAAUGUUUUCAUUGGCCACAAUGAAGAUGCCCUGCCAGAGUUCCUCAACCAUUGGUAUGUCAUCAAAGCAACUAUUGAUGAUGUCGACAGAGAUGGACCAGAGGGCAAACAUGUUGAAGAGCGGUUUGUGUCAGUGUCUUACGCUGGGCUUCUACCAGGAUUCUGCUUGGGCUGGAAUAACCAUGGAUUGGCAUACACCAUUAACGUCUUGUUUCCCAAGCAUUUGAGUGCAGAGGGUCUGCCCCGUCAUUUCAUAUGCAGAGCGUUGCUGACAGCAACAUCUUUACAAGAUGUAGAAAGAAUCCUGGCAGCAAAAGGAGCUGGAAGUGCAGAUGGCAUGUCAGUCAACUUGGGCUUCUUCAAGCAUGUCCAAGGAGACCAACUCCUGCAUAACAUUGAAGUGGCCCCGGGUUUCUUGGACCCAAAACUUCCAAAGGAUGAAAUACAAUCUCAAGUUGAAGUCUACACCAUCUCUCCAGGGGAACAAUACAGCCACUUCAAUGCGUAUGACCACUUGAAAGCCAGUGAACAACCAGCAGAAGGAUCACUUGCUGUCAAAAGCAGCCAAAGAAGACAAGCCACAACCAGAAAAAUCCUCAAGGCAGCGACUUUGGAUUCUUCUGCCAAUGCAGCGUAUUUCAUCAAUCCCAAGAGCAAAAAUGAGACCCCGUCCUGCAAAACUCUGCUUUGCAACCUGCUGGGAGAUUCUUCUGAUAAAAAUCUGCCAAUUUUCAGAUGCGGGACUGAGGAGGACUUCGUCAAAACCAUUCAGACAGAGAUCAUCAACUUCACUGACAAGACCGUGUCCUUGUUCACACAUAAUCCACUGACCUCCACUCCGAUCCUGGUUAUGAAUCUGGAAGACGUCUGAAGUCCAUGUACUGCUUCUUCCUUCUGUAAAACAUUCAUCAAGGUUCAUUAUGCGCUAAAAUGUGUGUACAACAGAAUACAAGACUUCACCUCAA